GCCAUUUUUGGACAAGCAAUGAAAGAUCCUGCUGUAUCCACUCCCAGCAAUGGGCUGGGCGACAGAACGGAAAUGCCAUGGUGGAAUUUGCCUUUGCUGCUGACCCUCGCAUGACACGCGAGAGCUCCUCAUCACCAGACCUUUGUUUUGCCUUACCCAGAAUACAAAGCAGUGUUUCAUUGGCAUGGCUGGCUGUUUUCCUUCUGUCUUGACUCAGUGGCAGAGCGGCAGCAAGCUUUCCAGAGACAGGCUGAGUUUUCCAGUUAUCAUCUGCUUCAGCCCCACAUCCGUCCUGCCAAAGCUCUCACUCGUGCUGUUGCAGUGAAGUGCUCAAGAAGCCUUUAAAGGGAGAUGCAGCUCUGGAGCUAAGAUCUUGGCCUUCAUUUUUGGCCUGGAAAGCUGCUCUUGGAACAGUAAGCAUGAGAUUUCUCUUGAAACCUUCUUUGUGUGCCUUUCUGAAGAAAUAGCUGGAAGGAGAAGACCUGUCAGUUGAGCUCUAAGAGAAAAACCUAUUGGCUCUGAAUACACUGGGGACAUUAUUUAAGAAGUCCCUUGGAAGUGCCUGUCUGUACGUCUGACUGGGUGCCUGACAGGGCUGCCUUGCUUCCAGACCUGAAGCAUGUCCCACCCAUCCUGGCUGCCCCCCAAGAGUACCAACGAGCCGGUUGGCCACGUUACUGCAAGGAUGGAGACCACACACACCUUUGGCACUCCCAGCAUCUCCGUGUCCACCCAGCAGACCCCAAAGAAGUUUGCGCCUGUGGUCGCCCCCAAACCAAAGUACAACCCAUACAAGCAACCAGGAGGUGAUGGGGACUUUCUUCCUCCCCCUCCCCCUCCUGUGGAUGACCUUGGGAACAUCACAUCAUCACAAGGUGCCUUUCCCCCCCCACCCCCUCUGGAUGAUGUUACUUACAAUGUACAGGUGAAUCCUGGUGGCAAGACCCUUGAGGAGAGGCGGUGCAGUUUAGAUGCAGAAAUUGACUCUCUGACCAGCAUCCUGGCCGACCUGGAGAGCAGCUCUCCAUACAAACCUCGGACUCAACAGGGCUCUGGGACCUCAAGCAGCUCUGCUGCCACUACCCCAUCCGUGUCCACUCCUGUCACUGGCCACAAGCGGAUGAUCAUCCCCAACCAGCCUCCCCUCACCGCCACUAAGAAGUCCACUGCCAAGGGCCCGGGCCAGCCAGCGCCCAUCCCGGUCACUCCCGUUGGCACCCUGAAGCCGCAGCCGGUGCCGGCCUCCUACGCCACGGCCUCCACACCGAGCCGCCCGGCCUUCAACGUGCAGGUGAGGACGGCGCAGCCCAGCCCGCACUACCGGCCGCCCAGCCCGCAGCCCGGCCACUACGGCAGCCUGGGGCCUGGCCAGGCCUACGCUGCCAUGCCAUCCCGCCAGCCCGCUGCCCCUCAGUACGGAGCGCCGCAGCCCCAGGGGCCUGGCUACGGCUAUGGCCCUCCGCCCGGCCGGCCCGCUGAGCCUGCCUACGGGUACGCGCCCCAGCAGGGCCGCUACCAGGAGCCCUACUAUGGGGGCUACGGCGGCAGGAACGGCUCCGAGGCGCCCUACGUGCCGCAGAGCUCCUGGAAGGCCGAGCCGGCAUAUCCUGCGAGUAAUGCCAUGGGCCAGGCUCCCCCUGCUCUCUACCAGCCGCCUGGCACGAAGAAGACCUACAUCACUGACCCAGUGCUGGCCCCGCAGCCGCCCGCCCUGCAGCAGAAGAGUGGGUAUCCAAGCUCUGGACCUACAUCAAGCGCUCCUGCCUUCAGGCCUGAGGAUGAGCUGGAACAUCUGACCAAGAAAAUGCUGUAUGACAUGGAGAAUCCUCCAUCUGAUGAGUACUUUGGGCGCUGUGCCCGCUGCGGGGAGAAUGUUGUCGGAGAGGGCACCGGUUGCACAGCCAUGGACCAAGUCUUCCACGUGGAUUGUUUCACCUGCAUAAAGUGCAGCAGCAAGCUGAGGGGACAGCCUUUCUAUGCCGUGGAGAAGAAAGCCUACUGUGAACCCUGCUACAUUAAUACACUGGAGCAGUGCAGUGUCUGUGCAAAGCCCAUCAUGGAAAGGAUCCUCCGAGCCACUGGGAAGGCCUACCACCCCCACUGCUUCACCUGUGUGAUGUGCCAUCGCAGCCUGGAUGGGAUCCCCUUCACUGUGGAUGCUGGUGGCAACAUCCACUGCAUUGAGGAUUUCCAUAAGAAAUUUGCCCCGAGGUGUUCUGUGUGUAAGGAGCCCAUCAUGCCAGCCCCGGGACAAGAGGAGACCGUGCGCAUUGUUGCCCUGGAUCGUGACUUCCAUGUCCAGUGCUACCGGUGCGAGGACUGUGGUGGCCUCCUGUCUGAAGGGGACAAUCAGGGCUGUUACCCUCUGGACGGGCACAUCCUCUGCAAGACCUGCAACUCUGCUCGGAUCCAGGCUCUGACUGCCAAGGCCAGCACUGAUCUCUGAGUAUCAACUGUGACCCUCCCCAGGAUGCCCAUUGGGAGAUAUUGCACAAGCUUUGCAUGAUUUCUUUCCAGCCUAGGGUCUGAAUCUCUGUAAUUGAAAAAAAGAAAAAAAAAAAAAAAAAA